UCACAUGCACCGACAAUCACUUGAUUGUACGAAAUCUCAGAUCUAACGAUGCUGGACAAUAUUCCUGCUCGGUGCCAGGAGUGGGAGAUUCAGAUAGUGUGGCUGUAGUCAUCACGACUGUAAAAGUCAAGCUACCACCAAAAAGUAAUCCGAACCGGUCACAUUGUCCACGCUAAUCUCAUCCGAUGAGAUUGGCUUGUUUACGCCUUGUAGCUCCCCCCUCAAAUUCCUCCAACUCGACCACCUCCACCAGUCACAUCCGGUCGGUGCCAACCUUCAACGCAACGACAAUCACACCGAAUUCCGACCUUAGCAAAGACAGUGCUGGGACGGGAGAUUCGUUUCCUGCAACGUCACGUGGUUCUGCUCCAACUACUACGACAAAUGGCAUUGAUAUGUCAACUGGAAGCAAUUCUAUUGACCCUAAUUACAUUGGAACAGUUACCCCAGAACCUACUUCUCAAACAAUCAUGCCAAUCGAUGUCUCAGUCACUGCUUCUCCACCCACACCAACUACAGGUGGUUAAUUAGUAAUUAAUUUGCUUGCUUAGAUGUUAUGGACUACAAAUUGUGCAACUAUUGUAACAACUGUUGAAUC